CACCCGCAUCUCCAUUGCAUUGUAUAAUUUUCUUUUUUCUAACGUGAAAGUUCCUUCAAACGGCGUCGUUCAUUGAGUUUGGUCUCGAACUCUCUCUUCUUCUCCCUUUUAGUCUCUACGGCGCAUAUUUUUCAAAAAAAAAAUUGUUCAUCUAACCUCAACCAACUGCCCUCGCCGGCGGCCACUAUUUACCUUCAAACCUAGUCAGAGUUUUUGUCCUAAAGCGCAUUAGGGAUCAUUGUCCCAGGCCAAGUUCCAAUUCCCUCUUAUCUCGUUGCAAAAGGGCCUGCUUUUCUAUUUGAAGUUAUGUUAAUUUCUAGGCUUUCUAGAGUUGGAUUUCGGGUUGCCAAGGAGCUAUCAAGAGGUGGAUAUACAUAUAUGUCUAGAGCAAGAUAUACACAAAGGCCGUGCAGUCAGUACCAGUGGUCUUCGCUUGAAUUACUGCCAGAAACUAGAGCCUUUCAAGGUUCCAUAUUUCAAAAGCAUCAUGGUCUUUCUACCUCAGCUUCUGAUGGUGCUUCUGCAGGAGGGGAUGAAGAGAAAGAAACGAUAUCUGUCACAUUUGUUUCAAAGGAUGGAGAAGAAAUCCCCAUUCGAGUGCCUAUUGGAAUGUCUAUGCUGGCAGCAGCUCAUGAAAAUGAUAUAGAACUUGAAGGAGCAUGUGAGGGUUCACUUGCUUGUUCAACAUGCCAUGUCAUAGUGAUGGACAUGGAGUACUAUAAUAAAUUGGAAGAUCCAACUGAUGAGGAGAACGACAUGUUGGACCUGGCCUUUGGGCUUACCGAAACGUCUCGUCUGGGAUGUCAAAUAGUUGCAAGUCCUGAACUUGAUGGAAUUCGUUUAGCAAUCCCUGCUGCCACUCGAAACUUUGCUGUUGACGGGUAUGUUCCAAAACCACAUUAGACAUGAUCAGUAUCAAUACAACACCAAACUCUAUUUAAAUGAGCACAGAGGAUCCAAUCAUCCAGUUUUGUAGCUUCAGUAAUCCUAUUUGAAUCGGGGAGCAUAUAUUAUCCUCGAACGAUUGCUUUUUGUAUUGAUUAUUGCUUAUUGAAUUCCCAAUAAUCAUUGUGUGACAUUGAUUCUAUAUAUCAAAGCUCCCAUGACCACACUGUGUUCUGCACCUUUUUAUAUAGAGUGCAGGAAACUCAAUGUCAGUUAUGACAGGUUGAAUGCAUUGCGCUGACUGUUAUAAUUUA